UUACGCACGCAUUUCAGGUAUUUUCAAUAUCAACAGCUUCACACUGUUACGAGUUACGGAGGAAACUGUAACGCGAUUUGUUAAAAUCUUCGAAUAUUAAUUCUGGAAUUCAUAUGUAAAUGACGUAAUCAUUUAUGUGAAAAAAUAACGCUUUUUAAAAGUUAACAGUAAAGCAACAGCUAUACAUAUGAGGCUAUUGAAGUUCUUAUUACGAUACUUUCCACCAGGAAUUGCAUUGGAAUAUACUCAAGGUGGCGACGUUAAAACCAAAAUGAUCGAUCUUUUGGAUUUGUCCGCUAAAACCGACGUAAAGGCACUGGCAGAGAGUAUACGAGUCAGUGAGCCGAUGAUAACCGAAAGCGUGAUGGACCAACUGGUUGAGACGUUAGAAAAAUUGCAAAACAAAGUAUGCGAUAGUGGUGCAAAACGUUAUUACAAAUAUAAAACAUUGCAAACGCAUUUACUUCCACUGACCAACAUAGCGUUUGAUAAACUAGGUAAAAGAUGCCUGACGGGCAGCUAUGACCGAACUUGUAAAGUUUGGGACAUUGACAGUGGAACGGAGCUUCUUACUCUCGAAGGCCAUAAAAAUGUAGUCUACGCAGUGUCCUUCAACAACCCGACUUCGGACAAAAUCGUGACUGGAUCAUUUGAUAAAACCGCAAAAGUGUGGUGCUCACAGACGGGUCACUGUCUCGUUAGUAUGUGGGGUCACGAUGCAGAGGUGGUGGUAGCUCGAUUUUCACCAACACAGAGUAAAAUUGCUACGGGAUCAAUGGACGCCACCGCGAAAAUUUUUCAUUUGGGAUCAGGUCAAGAGCUGGGUACAUUGAAAGGACAUACAGCAGAAGUGAUAGCAUUACAUUAUAACAAUGACGGAAAUCAGAUAAUCACAGGAUCGUUUGAUGGUACAAUCAGUAUUUGGGACACACGAACAUUUCAGAGAAGCAGCGUUUUGAUUGGCCAUCGCGAAGAGAUCAGUAAUUGCCUGUACAACUUUGACUGCACACUGGUUGGCUCUUCGUCGAUGGAUAAAACAGCCAAAGUUUGGGAUACGCGCACUGAUAAAUGUUUGAUAACGAUACAUGGACACGAUGAUGAAGUUCUUGAUUUAAAUUUUGACAACAAUGGAAAAAAGUUAGCCACAGUAAGCAGCGACACUACUGCGCGAGUGUGGGAUGUCAGUACUAAUUUCAAACAAUUAGCUAUCAUGGAAGGUCAUCGCGAAGAAGUAUCAAAAGUGUGUUUUAGUCCGAACGGUCAUCAUCUUUUGACGUCAUCCCUGGAUAGAACGGCACGUCUCUGGUCGCUUGAAUCAGGUUGUUGCAUUCAAACGCUAGGUGGCCAUACUGACGAUGUGUUCAGCUGCGCCUUCUCAUACGCUGGUGAUACCGUCAUCACUGCUAGCAAGGACAAUACUUGCAUGAUAUGGAGGUGACUCGAUUGGUUUCAAGUGUGUACCUAGCUCGUACUCCUGACUCUUUUCAUUUCAUAUGUUAUUUACUUCUACGUACUCAAAACUUAAUUGGAGUAACAAUUUCAUAUACUAAUCACAGGAUCGUCAAACUAUCAAAAUAUAUAGGCAUUAUGUUCAACUUUAGCUAUCUAUUAAAUUAAUUGAAAUAAUACUAUCGCGAUUUUUGUUUAUCUGUUGCCUUUUUUUGAAAUAUUAUUUACGAUUAUUUUCUAACAUUUUCAGUUUUUGAUUGAUCGUUAAACUGGCAUUUGUGAAUUCGAUUUGUGAUUGUGAUAGUACAAGGUACCGAAUUUGAAGUUAAUUCGAAUUACUACUUAUUUAAGUUAGAAAUUUAAAACUAUGAAUAUCUUUUUUAAUAAGAAUAUCAUUUUUACAAUAAUCAUAAUUUUUCAAUGGAAAGUAUUAUAUAAAUAUUUUACAAGCAUGCUACCCAGGUAACGCAUCAAGGCGAUAGUUGUAUAAAUGGAAGGUAUUAGAUGUAUACCUGAUAUUAUAGUAAAUCUUAUGUUUACAAAGAUUUUAAUCUAUGUAUUUAGUACAAACAUAGUUCCAACUUGCACUGGCAUCCAUUAUUUGAGCAGCAAAAUAAUCACUAUAAGAUACGCACGUGCCAAAUAAUACAAAUUAUAGGUGUAUUAAAUAGUUUUGAUUAAAAAAUAUACGCUUCUGUUUUAUGAGCAUAUUUUUGCAACUGAUUUGAGAAAUUUACUAAUUGACUCAGUUAUGCAUAUGUGCAGAAGAAGCAAAUGUAAAGCUUGCAAUAAAAAAUUCGUG